UAUGUGUACUCGACUUGUUCUGCCCUUGUAAAAUUUAGCAAUUCCAAACACUUGAUUGUCCACUUUGUAGUGAGUGUAAUUUACAACAAUGGCAGGAGUUAAAGGGUUGAUAGCUCUGGCUUUUGCUGGCUCCAUUGGUAUGACCAUGGUUAUACUAGCGUGUGCCUUACCGAAAUACGGACUAUGGUGGCCAUUCUUCGUAGUCCUGUUUUACGUGCUGUGCCCCAUCCCAACGAUGAUAGCACGCAGACACACAGACAGCACUGCGGGUGGUAAUUCACCCUGUAUGGAGACAGCAGUUUUUCUGACCAUGGGCCUAAUUGUCAGUUCGUUUGGUCUACCCAUUGUGCUUGCCCAUGUAGGCACUAUUGCAGCGGGAGCAUGCUACUUGACCCUGGCAGGCAAUGUAAUAGUGUACCUGACCAUUCUUGGAUUCUUCACAAUCUUUGACAUGGAGGACUCAGAUUAUGCAAUGUGGUGAGAAAUCUAGAACAUUGACACGGAGGACAAUGUUAGGGCAAAUGAUAAAUCUAACAAAAGAAUUGGAGCAUUACAUGAAGUUGCCUACCAUUGUCCCGUACAAACGCGAAUUUAGUGAAGAUUUGCAGUUAUAGGAGUUUAUUUUCUGCGACAAAUGCUCUUAAAUAUUGGCUUUAAAGUUAAACACUGAAAAAAAGGUUCUAAUUCAUAAAAUAAAAUCCGUUUGUACGGGACAUCCCGUGGAAUGCUUCAAAUGUGUUUUUUGUCUAUGUUUAUAAGUCUGAGAAAUUAUAAUACUGAUUAUAUUGUUGUUAGUUGAUGUAAUCAGACAAUAUUUAAUUUGAAAGUGUCAUUUUCUACAAUUUGUAUCUCAAUGUUACAUAUAUAUGCUUAAUCAGGAGACAUUGCAAACAUAAGUUCAACUAAGAGAAAUCUAGAUGCUUUGCUUAUUGGUCAGUUACACUUCAGAAGCCCGAUUCAAAUUCAACAAGUUGUUACGAUUUUGAUAAAGUUCAUCAACUUGUUACGGUUUUAAUCUGUCAAGGAGAGGAAAGCUCUUCAAGUCUGCCAAAAUAGUAUGGAGUAGCAUGUUGAAUAUAAAACUUAGAGAUUAAAACUGGACGACAUUAGAAAGAGAACAAAAAUAAUUGAUGUAAACCACACAAAAAACUAAAGUCGAAGUGGAAGUGGACUGGCCACAUGCUCCGAGACAAUAGAGAAAAUUGGUCAAAAGACAUCACAACAUGGUUACCCAUGGAAAAAGGAAUGAUGGAAGACAAAAAAAUGAGAUGGGGAAGACGAGUUCAGGCAGGUGGCUGGAGCCUUGUGGCGAAGACAGGGACUCGUGGAGGAAUAUGGGAGAGGCCUAUGCCAAAUUUUUUGGACAUCAUUCGGCGGUUCGUCGUCUAGGUCGCCAUUAUGCUUGUACUGCUGCUCCAGCUAUCCUCCAGUGCAUCGUGAAGGCCUCGACGCAUGACUGAAUAUUGAUGACUUACUAUAUACAUAUAUCUAAUACACUUGACGUUGGCAAAGUUCCCUGGUAUCAGAGAAGCCAUAAUUACGAAUAAAAAAGGCCUAUGUUGCUCCGUCAUCAGCGUUGGACCUGCAGUUAGAUCGGAUAUAUCUGUCGUUGGCGUCGAAAAGGUUAAAUUUGAAUCGGGCUCCUGUUCAAAUUUUUGAAUUCACUUAGAUUUUGUUAGAAUGAAGUCAUAUAACAUAUAAUAUACAGUCAUAUAAUAUAACAUGUGAAUUUUGGCAAGUCUUUUUUGUUUGACUUAUGUUUGUUACAACAUGUGGUUGCCUGAAUAACGAGAGUUUAAACCUAUAAAUUGAAUUUCGCGCCACAGAAAACUAUUUGCAUUACAAUACUCGUAGUUGCAUAUACACGGUGGCUAAAAAUAAGUGCAUUCCCGUUUCCAUGGAGGUUUUGGGAUUAUACUGAUCAACUUUUACUAUGGGACCAACCUCGAAAUCGCGAAUUUUUUUUUGCCUGUUUCAUACAUUUUGGCUGGUCCAUUUUCUAUGGCAGGCUAAAUUUUUUUUAGCGAUUUCGUGGUUGGUCGCAUAGUAAAAGUUGCUCAGUAUAAUCCCAAAACAGGCCUGGCGGGAAUGCACUUAUUUUUUAGCCACCCGGUAAAAAAACAAAAAGAAAAGAGUCAAAAAUUUAGUUAAAAACGUAGGAGAUGAGAUCUUAUCUUUAAAGAGCGAUCUCCUCCAGACAACUGUUAGGUUGGGUGUAAUAAUGCAAAUUUAACUAAUAUGAAAGCCACGCCUAUGGGGUGCGGCGCGUGAUUGUGAACCUUGUCGCAAUGCACGAAGGUUGAUAUUGGGCUGUAGCCGUCUGUUGACGUCUUUGGCAGUCAAAGGGUGAAUAUCAAUCAUAGAUGGUAGGAUCCUAUAGACGUGCUAUACGCGUGCGCCCGUGAGGGACAGAACAUACGCAAUGCGACAAUAUGAUUAGUCGAAUAGAUUUGUAGCAGCCCACCAUAAACCAUACAAAUUUACGGUGGGGAAUCAAAAAAUAUGUGAGCCUGUAACAAGGACAAACAAUAAUAACGCUUUCCCUGCUACUCCUACUGAAAGAUACAUAAGACUAUCCCGUUCGGUUAUUUCCCCCCCACCCCUCAUACCUGAUCCAGUUAUAUACUAGAUACAUGAUACCAAUGGUAUUGCCACAACUGAAUUUAAAAGGUUCGUCUUUCGUUAUUCAGACUCACUCUGAAAGAGUAUAA